AUCUGUUCAGAAGUUAAUUGAUCGUAACUUUAUCGCCGCGAUGACUUUAUCGUUGACCUUGUCGAUAUUUUACGCAUUUUCGGUAAUUUUUGCACUUUUUGGAGCUCUUUACCUCUACGCGCAAUGGAAUUACGGCUACUGGAAACGAAAAAAUCUUCCAUAUUUGAAGCCAAAAUUCCCAUAUGGCUCUUUUGUGUUUGGAAACAAGUCGAAACACAUCUCAACUUACUUACUCGAGGAUUAUGAAAAGCACAAAUCGCAAAAAUGUCUCGGCGGAUUCAUGUUUUUCACACCAAUCGUGAUGAUUUUUGACGUGGAUCUCGCAAAAACUGUCAUGGGAAAAGAUUUUCAGUAUUUUCGAGAUCGCGGCGCUUACGUCAAUACCCGAGAUGAUCCCUUGUCGGGCCAUUUAUUCAAUCUCGAAGGCGACAAAUGGAAAAUAAUGCGCGAAAAACUCACCGCUGUCUUCACUUCGGGCAAAAUGAAGUACAUGAUGCCGAAUAUCGUGAAAAUCGGAGAAGAACUCGUCAAAGCAAUGACCCAAGAAGCUAAAAUCGACGCCACGAUGGAUGUGAAGGAAUAUUUUGCGCGUUACACAACUGACGUGAUUGGGACCUGUGCUUUUGGUAUCGAAUGCAACAGUUUCACAAAUCCCGAAGCGCAAUUCCGACAAAUUGGAAGAAAAGUCUUGAAAAUCAGUCCGUUUAAGCAAAUGUUCACGUUCAAAUACAAAAAACUCUCGAGAGCACUUCGAUUGCAACUUUUCGCCAAAGAUGUCACGGAAUUUUUCGUCAGUGCCGUGCAAGAAACUGUGCGAUAUCGCGAGGCAAAUAACGUUCAAAGGAACGAUUUUCUCGAUUUGAUGAUAAAAUUGAGGAACAAAGAAAAGUCAGAUGAUCCCAAAGAUGAGGAAAUGCCGGGAUUUUCAUUAGCGGAAAUUGUUGCGCAAUCUUUUGUCUUUUUCCUUGCGGGAUUCGAGACUUCGUCGACAAAUAUGUCCUUUACGUGCUUUGAGUUGGCAAUGAAUCCAGAAAUUCAGGAAAAAGCAAGAAAACACGUUCAAGAAGUACUUCAAAAACACAAUAAUGAGUUCACUUACGAAGCAAUGCAGGAGAUGAAUUACUUGGAAGCCUGUAUUAAUGAAUCGCUUCGUAAAUACCCUCCCGCUCCAUUUGGCUUCCGCAAGUGUUCCAAAGACUACAAAGUGCCUGAUUCGAAUUUCGAGAUAAAAAAGGGAAUGACGAUAUUUUUGCCAUUCAAUGCUUAUCACAUGGAUCCCGAUGUCUUUGAGGAGCCCGAAAAGUUCAUUCCCGAAAGAUUUUUGCAAGGCGAAGAUGGAGCACUGAAAACUCCUUAUGGAUGGAUGCCAUUUGCUGAUGGACCUCGAAUCUGCAUUGGAAUGCGAUUUGGCAUGAUGCAGUCAAAAAUUGGACUUGCUUCGUUGUUAAUGAAUUUUAAGUUCAGGGUGUCGAAAAAAACGGAAAUUCCGCUGAAAUUGAACAUGAAUACGGGAAUUUUGCAACCACUUGAUUUGUUUUUAGAUGUAGAAAAGUUGUAAAAAAUUGAUUUUGUGAAUGAAAAACUGGAUAAAAUAAAUAAAAUUGUUUAUAAACUGACCAAAUUUCAAGGAAAAAUUAC